AUGUCUUCAUCCACCACUCAUAAAAAUCUACUCAUCCCGCGCGGAGUGAACGAGCCAACCCCGUUAACCCAAAGUGUUUUUGUCCUUUUUCGCGCUCUGGAUCUUCCAUUGCAAUAUGCCAUCCUUUCUUCUCGUUCUCUCGCCGCUCCACUAAUCCAUGCUCUUGGUGGCACAUCCAUCUCGUCUACUAUUGGUCACCCAUUAUUUUUUAUGGGUACCAACACUGGCUUAUCUCCUCAACGAGCCAUUCUAUUCAGCAUGGCCAUCGGCUCGUUCAUCAAGCAGAGCUAUUGGGUAAUAGCUAUUUCGCAGGAUGCACUCCCUCCUCGUGCCUCUGCUUACAUAGGGACAUUUAACGCACUUGCCAAUUCACUUAACACAGUCUUGUUCGCCAACACUGCGACUUCAGUCUUGAACUCUGUUGGCGGCGAUGAAACGCGGUUAUCUGCACCAACUAUUGUCGGAAUUAGUCUGUACGCUAUCGGAAUGCUAUUGGAGUGGGGCUCGGAGCUGCAGAGGUUCAAGUUCAAGAAGGAUCCGAGAAACAAGGGCCGUGUGUACACUGGUGGUCUUUUUGCGCUUGCGAGACAUAUCAACUACGGUGGGUAUGUUCUUUGGAGAGCAGGCUUUGCUAUGGCUGCCGCUGGAUGGGCUUGGGGUGCAUUCAUCGGAGGACUUCACACAUAUUAUUUCGUCAAGGCCGGUAUCCCGGAGCUGGAUGAUUAUUGCUCGAAGAAGUACACUGGGCAAUGGGCUCAGUACAAGAAAGCUGUUCCAUAUAAGCUCAUUCCAUUUGUUAUAUGA